AUGAAAAAUGUUCAUAUAAUAACUAAUAAGAUAGUAGAGGAAAGGGUAAAAGAAUAUUGCAGAAAAAUAGAGGAAAAAAAAUUAAAAAAUGUGAAGGCUACCAUACAAAUUGAUAGAAAUAAAAUAAGCAUAAAUAAUAAAAAGAAGCUAUAUCUCGAAAAAUUGAAAAAUGAUGAGAUUGAAAGAAAUAAUAACAUACUAAAGAAGAAGCUAGAGCAUAUUAACAAAAGAGAAAAAAAAGACGUGAGCGUACUGAAACAAGCAACCCUACAACAUCUUUCUACAAAUAAAAAAAAUUUCUUGUUUGAAAAUAUAAAGAAAGCAAAAAUAAAAGUAGAAAAGAAAAAAAUAAAUCAUGUAAAUGUUAAUUCUACCUUGAACGAUAACACUGUUAUUAAAAAUCCUAAAAAAAUUGUAUACAAAGGUUACAUAGAUGAUAUAAAAAAAUGUUAUAAGUUCUAUAUAGAGGUAAAAGUCGACGAAGAGGGGACCCUAAAUAUCCUCUCUUUAAAUUUAAAAAGCAAGAAAGUAAAAAAAUUAACCUAUGGAAAGGAGAAGCACGAUGAAAUGCUAAAUAGCAUGGAGACCUACGAAGCAAUGGUGAAAAAAAUAAUUGCAACUGAAGAAGAGCAUAUAGAACAAAUACAAAAAAAAAAUGUAUAUAAAAAAAAAUAUAUUUUUAAGGAAAGAGAAAGACCUACAGGAAUAAAAAAUCGAGUUGUGGUAGACAACAUUGAAAAGACAUGUGAUUUUUAUAUAAAAAAAUAUUUUAAUGAUGAUUUUGAUGAUAUAAAUUCAACAAAAGAAAUAAAUAACACCACUGAUACUAAUACAAACCAGGAUAAUGAUGAUCUAAUUUUAAAAAAAAAAAAAAACUCUUUUCUUUUAAUGAAAAAUGAAUUAUUGUACAAGUCGAGAAUCAACGAAGCGCAAGCUAGGUUAAUAUUUCAAAAAAUAAAAGAAAAACUUCAACAUAAUCCAAAAAUAAAUUUUGGAUUAGUAAUUGGCGAAGGAGACGAUUCUCUUUAUAACGAAAAGUCCAAAAAAAUGAGUAUACAAAAAAAAUAUAAUAAAAGUAAAAAAGAUUUAAAAUUAAAAACGAAUUCAAAAUCCAAAAGUAUAAAACUUAAUGAUACCAAAAAAAUUGGUUCGAAUCAAUCAAAAAUCAAUGAUGUAAAUAAUACAGUAUUACCAGAAAAAAAAACAGACCAAAAUUGUGAUAUCGAUAAUUUAAAUAAAGUUGCAGAGGAAGAAACAACGCCUAAAACAAAUGAUGUAGAACCAAAAAGUGUUCAAGAAAAUGUACAAUCUAAUCCCAACGAGGAAGAAAGCUCUAAUAAAACAGUUCCAUAUAUUUCUAAUGAGGAAAUAAACUCGGAUCAUUUUGCUCCCCAUACUAGUGAAGAAAUAAAUUCUAACAAUCCUGUUCCCAAUACUAGUGAGGAAAUAAAUUCAAAUAAUAAUGUUCCAAAUGCUAGUGAGGAAAUAAACUCGGACCAUUUUUCUCCCCAUGCUAGUGAGGAAAUAAACCCAGACCAUUUUGCUUCCAAUACUAGUGAAGAAAUAAAUUGUAAUAAAGAAAAAGAAUCAGAAAUGGAUGAUCAAAUGGAUAUGAAUAAAGGUAAUGAUGAAUUAAAAAAUAAAACUGACGAAGCUUCACACGAUGAACAAAUAGAUAGUGAAACUGCAAACAACCCCAUUGAUAUAAAUCCUGUUAAGGAUAUAUAA